UUCCGGCUUUUUUGGCUGCCACUUCAUGAAAUUUGUAUAGAGAAAGAAGGAUGUUAUCAGAUUGAAAUGAUCAUUAACCAAGAGCUUUCUGGAUUAGAUGUUAAAUUAACAGCUGUGAUGUUUACUAGAGAAUUACAGAUAGAGCUUGAUAUUGUUGAAGUUGUAAAUAUUGUUGUUUUAUUGGUGUUACUUGUUAGAUUAGUGCAAAAGAUUGGUUUAAAAAUUUUGAAAGAUUUGGCUUGUAUAGACAUUUUUGUUUCAACAAAAACAUUUGUCGCAAUUUGGACAAUUUUUACGAAGUUAAAAUUUUGCAAAAAGUCGCAUUUUCUGCAUUAUGGAUACUCUCCUCACGGCCUUCCUGUCAUCUGGAAUGCAGCAUACGCCACACCAAACAAGUUUUAAAAUUCCUGGUCAGAGUUGGAUUGAUAAAGACAAUAUAAAUUGUAUUAUCCCAUCAGUAGUAGAUAAUAUUUGCAUGAAGUCCAUAAUCACAAAAGAAAAAGAAUAUCCAUGGCAAUAUUACAAGAUGGCAGCAACAACAGGUUUUCAACAGUUUGGUAACCCAGAACUGUCUACAGAAAUUGAUGUAAAUCCACUAGCCAAUACAGAAGUUUCAGGAACCGAGGCACCAUAUUCAUCAUACUUAACCCACCAAAUGUAUCACAAACUUAAACAAAAAAGAAUUUCUUCACUUAUUUACAUUGCUGCAAGGUGUUGCCUUAAACUUGGAUGCAUGAUUACAAGUGAACAUUCUGAUUUAACACCCCAUGAAUGUUGUACAGAAAUGGCUAAUCAAAAUAUCCACUGUGUUUGUGAAAACCUCCAAAAUGGUAAUAGAUGUUGUAACUUGCAUAAUCUUUACAUCCAAAAUAUGAAGAUAAAUAAUAACAGUAUAUCAUGGACAGUUACGUACUUAAAAAAUGAUUCUUGCAAUUAUGAGAUCAGUGUUGCCAAUCCCAUAUAUGACAUUUCAAUGGAAUCUACCAAUUUUGUUGAUAUAUCUACCGACUCCUUUGAAAUUGAAUUCUCCAGCCAUGGCAGUGACACUGAAAAUGUAUUUGAAUUGGAAUCGAAUUGCUUGCAAGGGUUCACUUUUCAUAUACAUGGUGGUAGUGUUGAAGGUAGUAAUGAUGAUGACAGCGAAGGUGAUAAUGAAAGUUUGGUUUAUGAAACUUCUGAUGAUGAAGAUGAUGAUGAAUAUUGCUUUUAUUCCUUCGAAGUUGAACCUGUUGAGAGUAUGUCAUGUGACACAAGUGGUAUAUUUCAUGAAGAUAUCCCUGCUAUGCUUGAUAUCAGAGUCAAUACUUCAAAACAAAAGAACAUAUCUAAGUAUCAUCAAAAGUGCGUAUGUGGAAUGGAAAAUGAACCAAGUAAGAAUAAUAUAAAGGAUAACAACAACCAAAAGAAAAAAGUAUCUUUUACCAAAGAUGUAGAAGUUCAUCAUUUAAUCGCUUGGAAGCAUGCUUACAACCAAUCUCGCAAAAGUUUCUGGGUUAAAAUUGCUAAUGAUAGAGCUCAUUUUCUAAGACGUAUUCAAAAUGUGGAGAAGGUUUUAGAUCCUAUUCUUCGAAGUAAACUAGAACAUUGUUAAAUAAUCACAUCUCGUUUUACUUUUGUCAAUUUAAAUUAAUAUUUUUUUGGCAUUAAUUUUCAGUUCCAGUUGAAGUUUUUUCUAUUUGAAGAUUUUAAUCUUAUGUAUUUUAUUAAUCGUAUGUAUUUUAACUUACAAAACAUAUUUUGGAAAAGAGUGAUACUAAACAUAUAAAUAUAAAUACAACAUAUAAAUGUAUUAUUUAUAUACAAUAACUUGAAGUAGUUUGUAAAGCACCCUGCGUAUUUAUAAUUUUCUUAAUAUAUAUAUUUUUUUA